AGUAUAAUUUACAGACCAGAACCAGAGAAGUCCAGAUUGGAGCGAAACAUUCAACUUGCCAGCAGACUGCAAAACUGAGUGCAAAAGGCCUCAGUGCCAGCCCCCCCCAACCCCCCAGAAAUAGCCAGUGCGAUCCCCAGCCAUGGGUGAGGUGACAGCAGAGGAGGUGGAGAAAUUCUUGGACUCAAAUAUUGCCUUUGCCAAACAGUACUACAAUGCCCGCUACCGGGCCAAGGUCAUCUCAGACCUUCUCGGGGCCAAGGAGGCAGCUGUGGACUUCAGCACUUACCACACCCCAAGCAGUGUAGAGGAGAGUGAAAUCAUCUUUGAUCUCCUGCGGGACUUUCAGGAGAAUUUGCAGACUGAGAAAUGCGUCUUCAAUGUCAUGAAGAAGCUGUGCUUCCUCCUGCAGGCAGACCGCAUGAGCCUGUUCAUGUACAGGGCCCGCAACGGCAUCGCCGAGCUGGCCACCCGGCUCUUCAACGUGCACAAGGAUGCUGUCCUUGAGGACUGCCUGGUGAUGCCGGACCAGGAGAUCGUCUUCCCUCUAGACAUGGGCAUCGUGGGCCACGUUGCCCACUCUAAAAAGAUCGCCAACGUCCCCAACACAGAAGAGGAUGAGCAUUUCUGUGACUUUGUGGACAUCCUCACAGAGUACCAGACCAAGAACAUCCUGGCCUCCCCCAUAAUGAACGGGAAAGAUGUGGUGGCCAUCAUCAUGGCCGUGAAUAAAGUGGAAGGACCCCACUUCACCAAGAGAGAUGAAGAGGUUCUUCUCAAGUACCUCAACUUUGUAAAUCUAGUCAUGAAGGUGUACCACCUGAGUUACCUGCACAACUGUGAGACUCGACGUGGCCAGAUACUGCUGUGGUCUGGGAGCAAAGUCUUUGAAGAACUUACAGACAUUGAGAGACAGUUCCACAAAGCCCUGUACACAGUCCGUGCCUUUCUCAACUGUGACAGAUAUUCUGUGGGUCUCUUAGAUAUGACCAAGCAGAAGGAAUUUUUUGAUGUCUGGCCAGUUCUGAUGGGUGAGGCUCCACCAUACUCUGGUCCCAGGACUCCAGAUGGAAGGGAAAUCAAUUUUUACAAGGUCAUUGACUAUAUCCUGCACGGCAAAGAAGACAUCAAAGUAAUUCCGAAUCCUCCUCCUGACCACUGGGCUUUAGUAAGCGGCCUCCCCACUUAUGUUGCCCAAAAUGGCCUGAUUUGCAACAUCAUGAAUGCGUCCGCGGAGGACUUUUUUGCAUUUCAAAAAGAGCCAUUGGAUGAGUCUGGAUGGAUGAUUAAAAAUGUCCUUUCCAUGCCAAUUGUGAACAAGAAGGAAGAAAUUGUUGGGGUGGCCACAUUUUACAAUCGUAAAGAUGGGAAGCCCUUCGAUGAAAUGGAUGAGACCCUCAUGGAGUCCUUGACUCAAUUUCUAGGCUGGUCUGUCUUAAAUCCUGACACAUAUGAGUCAAUGAACAAACUUGAAAAUAGGAAGGAUAUUUUCCAAGACAUAGUAAAAUACCACGUGAAGUGUGACAAUGAAGAAAUUCAAGAUAUCCUGAAAACCAGAGAAGUGUAUGGGAAGGAGCCAUGGGAAUGUGAGGAAGAGGAGCUGGCUGAGAUCCUGCAAGCAGAGCUCCCAGAUGCAGACAAAUUUGAAAUUAAUAAAUUCCACUUCAGCGACUUGCCCUUAACAGAACUGGACCUGGUGAAAUGUGGAAUACAGAUGUAUUAUGAGCUCAGAGUGGUGGAUAAAUUUCACAUUCCGCAAGAGGCCCUGGUGCGGUUCAUGUACUCCCUGAGCAAGGGCUACCGCAGGAUCACCUACCAUAACUGGCGGCACGGCUUCAACGUGGGGCAGACCAUGUUCUCCUUGCUGGUGACGGGAAAACUGAAGCGAUACUUCACAGACCUGGAGGCCUUGGCCAUGGUCACUGCUGCUUUCUGCCAUGACAUUGACCACAGAGGCACCAACAACCUCUACCAGAUGAAAUCCCAGAACCCACUGGCCAAGCUCCAUGGGUCCUCCAUCUUGGAAAGACACCACUUGGAGUUUGGCAAAACGUUGCUCAGAGACGAGAACCUGAAUAUCUUUCAAAAUCUCAAUCGCCGGCAGCAUGAGCAUGCCAUCCACAUGAUGGACAUUGCGAUCAUUGCCACAGACCUGGCCUUGUAUUUCAAGAAGAGGACAAUGUUCCAGAAGAUCGUGGAUCAGUCUAAGACAUACGAGACUGCACAAGAGUGGACACAGUACAUGAUGCUGGAGCAGACGCGGAAGGAAAUCGUCAUGGCCAUGAUGAUGACUGCCUGUGAUCUCUCGGCCAUCACCAAGCCCUGGGAGGUGCAGAGCAAGGUAGCUCUGCUGGUUGCUGCCGAAUUCUGGGAGCAAGGUGACCUGGAGCGCACAGUGCUGCAACAGAAUCCCAUUCCCAUGAUGGACAGGAACAAGGCGGAUGAACUCCCCAAACUUCAAGUCGGCUUCAUCGACUUCGUUUGCACCUUUGUCUACAAGGAAUUCUCCCGUUUCCAUGAGGAGAUCACGCCCAUGUUGGACGGGAUCACCAACAACCGCAAGGAGUGGAAGGCACUUGCUGACGAGUACGAGGCCAAGAUGAAGGCUCUGGAGGAGGAGAAGCAGAAACAUCAGGCGGCCAAGCAAGCAGCCGCAGGAAAUCCUGGAGGGAACCCCAACCCAGGGGGUGCGCCUGCGUCCAAGUCCUGCUGCAUCCAGUAGUGGGGACCAGGGAUCUACUGACCAGCCCGCUCCACUCUUUCAUGGGAGAUUACCCAAGCCAGUGGAGAACCACACACCUUUCUGAGAAGUGAAAGAGUUACAGGAUUUGAAAGCCAAUAGAGAAUUUAGUUUCCA